AUGGCGGCGACGGGCAGAGUGUGGGGGAGGGUCGGGGCUGUGUCAGGGGCCCUGGCUGUCAGCUUGGGAGCCUAUGGAGCCCAUGGGUUCAGACGCAGCGACCGGGAUGAAUACUUGAAAGAGCUGUUUGCAACCGGGAACCAGUACCACUUCCUGCACAGCCUGGCCUUAUUGGCUGUGCCCCACUGCAGGCGCCCUCUGCUGGCGGGAUCUCUGCUGACAUCCGGGAUUGUUCUGUUCUGCGGGACGUUCUAUUACCAUGCCUUGUCUGGGGACUCCUCUCUUACCAGGGCGGCACCUCUGGGAGGCUCUCUUCUCAUACUGGGCUGGGCUGCCAUGGCCCUCUGA